GGCGAGGGGCGGGCCUUGUGGAGGAAGAUGGCGGCCGCCCUAACGGCCGUGGCUUUGAGAGCGGUCAUUCCCUGGAGGAGGAACAGACCCUGCAUGGCCUCCCUGGGACUUCAGACGCGUUGGGUAGCGUCGUCCUCCAGCCCCGAAACUGGCGACGCUGAAAUCCGCCUCACUGACAGCUGUAUCCAGAGGCUUCUGGAAAUCACCGAAGGGUCAGAAUUCCUCAGGCUGCAAGUGGAGGGAGGCGGAUGCUCUGGAUUCCAAUACAAAUUUUCACUGGAUACAGUUAUUAACCCCGACGACAGGGUAUUUGAACAGGGUGGGGCAAGAGUGGUGGUUGACUCUGAUAGCUUGGCCUUUGUGAAAGGGGCUCAGGUGGACUUCAGCCAAGAACUGAUCCGAAGCUCAUUUCAAGUGCUGAACAAUCCUCAAGCUCAGCAAGGCUGCUCCUGUGGGUCAUCCUUUUCUGUCAAACUUUGAUGUGAUGACAGGUGACCCUGAGAUUGCUACUAGUUGUACCAUGUGAAGAAACUGGGAUUAGUAGAAUUCUAGAGGUUUCCUUUUAAUCAUGUCCUCUCAAUUUUAUUUUCCUUAAUGUAGGAGUGUUGUGUUUUGCCACUAUUAUUUUCAGAAUGUGAAGCUUUUACUCUUGACAAGAUGCUGCUCUCUCCCCACCACACCAUACCAUGCUAAAGUCACGCUUCCAGAUGCUGUUCCUUUAGAUUUAAUCACUGGUUGGAACCCAAUGUAAUCUGUAGAACCACCAAGACACCAGAAUUUGGAGUUACUGCUCUGGCCUUAAGAACUGCUUAUACAUAUGUGUAUAACUAUGUAUAAAGCCUCAUUUCAAAG